UUCUUGGGAACUGCUUUUUCUCCAGUUAAAGCUGAUAUCAAUGGUAAUGUCGUCAAAGUUCGUACGCGGUUCGAAAAGGAUCGGAUAGGUCAACGCUAUUUACAAGAUUUGAUAGACAGCGAUCUAAGAGACCACGGAGGCAAUCUCGGAAUCGCCACUGAAGGUCUUCUGUGGUUGAAGAGAGGACUCGAGUUCAUGCUGGAAAUGCUCACAUUGAUGGUGCAGGAGUACAGAUCUACGCCAGAUAAAAGUAAACAUUUUCAGUUUGAGUGA